CCGCAGUGCACACCGGUUACCGUAGUCCCUCCGCGCCGCCAUUUCAGCGUGCGGCCCGCGCCGACCCCGCGCCAUGGAGAGCGGCUUCGGCUCCGACUUCGGCUCCGACUUCAGCUCCGGGGCUGGCGGCGGGGGGGGGAAGCUGGACCCGGGGCUCAUCAUGGAGCAGGUGAAGGUGCAGAUCGCCGUGGCCAACGCUCAGGAGCUCUUGCAGCGCAUGACGGACAAGUGCUUUCGGAAGUGCAUCGGGAAGCCUGGCGGAGCCCUGGACAACUCGGAGCAGAAGUGCAUCGCCAUGUGCAUGGACCGCUACAUGGACGCCUGGAACACGGUUUCCCGAGCCUACAACUCGCGGCUGCAGCGGGAGAGAGCCAACAUGUGAGGAGCCGUCGCUCCUGGAGCAGGGCAGGACCGUGUGGGCCCGGGAGGAGCGGUGGCUGCGGUGGAACCCUGCGGCCCUGCCAGCCCCGACCAUGGCAGAGCAAUAACCCCUUGAGCCUUCUGCAGCCAUUGGCUUUUAUUGGCAACCAGCCCCAGGAGCGAGGGACUUCUCCAGCCUCGAGGACCACCCUGAGCUGCUUGGUUCCAGACCGGCCGUGGAGCAGCUGGUAAAUCCCUGCUGGAAGGGCUGCGGGAGGCAAGGAGCAUCCUAUGGACAAGGAGCACCCAGCCCUGCCACGGAAGCAAGCAUGGACAGGAUGGGAAGGGUUGGGAAAUCCUUGGGUUGAGUGCAUUCUACAAUAAAACCUGUUGUGUGGCUGUGAUGUUUUGUAA